CCUAUAAGUAGAUAAAUUUGUGUGCUUAUAUAAAUCGUUUGACUUUCAUAAAUACACAGACCUUGGGGCUUGGGUACCUAUUUCUUAACAAUGUCUGUGAUUAAAUUCAUUAAUGCAAGUGAUGCAAAGUCACUUAACUGGUAUCUCAAGUAUAUUGGUUUGCCACUGUCAGUUGGAUUUAUCAUGUACCGUUUAUGUUCUCAAGUAACAAAUCGAAAACGCAGAAAUGCUUUACAAGGAAAGGUUGUAGUCAUUACUGGUGCUAGUUCAGGAAUUGGAGAGGCUUUGGCUCAUGUAUUCUAUGAAUAUGGCUGCAAAGUAGUUCUAGCUUCAAGGAGAAGAACAGAGCUAGAUAGAGUUAAAGAAGAUCUCUUAUCUAAAAAAAUUCCUUCAACUGAGGAACCAGUAGUGUGCGAACUAGACUUAUCGAAUUUAGAGCAGUUGGAACCAUUUGUCAAAAAGAUAUAUGAUACCUGUGGCCAGAUUGACAUCCUAAUUAACAAUGGUGGAGUAUCCCAUCGUGGUUCAAUCCUUCACACAACAUUGGAAGUGGAUAAAAAAAUUAUGUAUACCAACUAUUUUGGUUCUGUGGGAUUGACUAAAGCGGUAUUGCCCAGAAUGGUUGAAAAGAAAAGUGGACAUGUGGUAUUUGUUAGUUCUGUACAAGGAUUGAUUGCGAUACCAGAUCGAUCCGCCUAUGCUGCUUCUAAACAUGCUCUUCAAGCCUUUGCAGAUUCCUUGCGUUCUGAAAUGUAUCAACAUAAAAUUGACGUGUCUGUUGUUAGCCCGGGAUAUGUAAAAACAGCAGUUUCAUUGAAUGCUCUCAAUGGCAGUGGGGAGAAUCAUGCAGUAAUGGACAAAAGUACAGCAGCUGGUUUCACUCCGGAGUAUGUUGCAAUGAAGAUUUUAGAUAUGGUAGUAAAUAAAGAUAAGGAAUUGGUAAUUAGCCAAUUUUUGCCAAACCUGGCUGUGUUUUUGAGACAUUCAGUGCCUUCUUUAUAUUUCUGGGUAAUGGCACGAAGGGCUAACAUCACAAAUUAAUUAUAAUUAAAAAGGGUAUAAGUUAUUUAUUCAAUUCUGAAGUGGCCAUAUUUAGCUUAUUUAUUUAAAAAUAAUGGGAUAA